UGUUGACAUUAAAAGCCUCACUUUGACUUAUGCUUCAACCUUUAAUGAAUGGCAGUGGUUUGAACUUCAUGCUCCAGUGAUUAAGACUCUUCACUUUUCUGCAUGUACGUUUGGGGGAAAACAUGAUGAUGAAUUAGAUAUACAAGAGAUCACGAUCCCAAUGAUCCCAAUUGCAGUAAAUCUGCAUGUGAUUACGCUGGACGAGUUAUGUUUUUGUUUCCCGGAGCCCCUUGCUCUUGUGAUUCAACUUCUUCAAAAAUCUCCGAAGCUCUCCCAACUGGAAGUUGAGACAGCACAUGAGUCAUGGUCGAGGGAUUAUUGUCCAAGUAUUCUGGAAAAACGAGACACAUGGUUUAGUGAUCAACAUCUGUGCAAGCUUAAAACACUUCAGGUGAAAGAAUUUAGAGGAUCAAGAACACAAAUGCACUUGAUCAAAAUAAUCCUUUCAGCGUCUCCCGCGCUUGAGGAAGUUGUUAUUAUGAAAUCGAAAAAUUAUCCGCUAGAUUUGUCUGAGGCUCUCGAAAUCACAACAAAGAUGAUCAGAUCCCCUCGCGCGUCUCCAAAAGCACAAGUUAUCAUCCUGGACACCAAAUGAAGCUACACCAGACUGGUUGAUUUGUUACUGAACAUUAUUAGGCUAUUUGCUCCCAGGGUUCUGAUUGUGCAUAUAAAGAGCACAGAAUUUUGAUCACUUGUUAGUUGUGAUGUUAUUGAUCACUUAUUAGUUGUGAUGUUAGAUAAUUGGGUUGUAUCUAGUAUUCUCCAUUCUCAUUUUGUGACUGAAAGUUUCUCAGAUUUUAUUUCAUGGUUGAAACUUGAAACUUAUGUUCUCUGAAUUACAACUGCUAGC